AUGACUUCAAAUAGCCAAAAGGACGCUGAGCAAGAAGUUCAAGAAAAGCUACAGCCACUGCAGUCAAAAAGUGACAGCGAUGCGUUCGAAGCGGUCCUGCAACAUGUCGGUGAAUUUGGUCUAUACCAGAAGUUGUUGUUUCUUGCUAUGGCUCCGUUUGGUCUAGUCUUUGCCUACGUGUAUUAUGUACAAUUAUUUAUAACCGCUACACCACAGAACCAUUGGUGUAGAGUGCCAGAAUUGGAACAUUUAGAUAUUGGAAUUAGACGUAACCUAACAACAGUCACCACGAACGAAGGUUGGGAGAAAUGCUUUAUGUACGACGCCAAUUGGACACAAGUCCUUCAGGAUAUGGCUGUACCAGCUUUCACCAAGCUCGUUCCUUGCAAAAAUGGCUGGGAGUUUGAAUUGACUGAUGUACCAUAUCACACCGUAGCUAGUGAGCGUGGCUGGGUAUGCAACAAUGCUAGUAACAUUCCGUUUGCUCAAUCUUUUUUCUUUUUGGGAUCAUUCCUCGGAGGCAUCUUAUUUGGCUGGAUGGCUGACUACUACGGAAGAGUCCCAACGAUGAUGGGUAUAUAUCUGAUGGCAAUAAUCGGAGGAGUCGGAAGUGUUUACACGCGCGGUCUCUGGGAUUUUGCUAUUUGCCGAUUUCUGGUCGGCACCGCUUUCGACAGUUGUUUUAUAAUUAUGUAUAUAUUAGUUCUGGAGUAUGUAGGCCCAAAGUAUCGUUCCAUAAUUGGCAAUAUAUCGAUAGCUGUUUUCUAUGGAGGCGGUGCUAUAUCCGUACCUUGGUUGGCUCUCUGGCUUAGUGAUUGGAGAAAACUGGUGUGGGUGACAAAUAUUCCACUACUAAUGAUACUUCUCAUGCCUUUCACAAUUCCUGAAAGCGCUAGAUGGUUAUCCUCUCGUGGACAAACACACCGAGCAAUUAAAGUGUUAAAAAGAUUCGAAAGAAUUAACGGGACAAAAAUUCCACAAGAAGUUUUAGAUGAUUUUAUAAUAUCAUCAAAUAUGCAGAAGGAUUUAAACGAAACGCUGAAGGACGCUUUUAAAAGCCCGCCCAUUCGAAAGAUGAUAAUUUUUAUGGCCCUAACAAGCACAUGUGGAUCUGUUAUAUUUGACGCACUAGUUAGAUUAACUGAAGGAUUAGGCUAUAAUUUCUUUAUAACAUUCUCGUUGGUAUCUGCAACUGAGAUACCAUCGGUUAUUUUGGCAGCAUUUACACUUGAUAGAUUAGGCCGCAGAAAUCUCACAUUUAUACCAGUAACAACUAUUGGUAUUUUGAUCUUAGUAGCAGCAUUUGUUCCAAAAGGCACACCACGAGUCGCAGUAGGAGUUUUAGCCCGAUUCAUGAUGAAUAUGAUGCUGACGGCAAUUACGCAGUGGGCAGCCGAGAUUUUCCCCACAGCCAUUAGAGCUUCAGGCAGUUCGCUUAUGCACGUGAUGUCGUUUGCUGGCAUCAUCGCAUCUCCUUUCAUUGCUUACUCUGGGAAAUUAUGGCAUACCCUCCCAUUCAUCAUUGUGGCGGGGAUAUCGUUUUCUGCGGGUGUUUUUAGUUUACAACUACCCGAGACCAAGGGAGUGCUAAUGCCGCAGACUAUCAAGGAUGCUGAGAAAAUUGUACGGAUGAAUAUGCUUUGCGGCAACAGAACUAGUUUAGACGAGGAUUUACCGAAAGAGGAACCCGUUCCAAUAUAG